CGAUUUCCAUGUCGUCCAUCCUCAAGGUGCAGCUCCACAAGGCGACGGACCUCCCGGUCGCCGACAUGGCCCUCACGGGCGGCAAGUCGGACCCGUACCUCGUCUUCAUCCUCAACGACCAGACGUACCGCACGCCCUGCAUCGCGUCCAACCUCAACCCGAUCUGGUCCAACGAGACGUUCCAGUUCCGCGUCAACGACACGAGUGGUAUUCUGCGCGUCGAAGUCUGGGACGACGACAACUUUCGCCCCGACGACCUCCUCGGCGUCAUCGACAUCCCGCUCUCGACCGUCGAGAAGGGCCUCAAGAAGGAAGAAGACAGCAUCAAGCCCUACGCGGUCAAGGUCGUCGAGAGCCUUCAAAAGCAGAACGUGUCACCGCACGUGUUCAUGUCGAUCGCGCUGUUGACGCCAGUCGAGGCCGUCGCCUUGCUCGACUUUGAGGUCUGGGAGAACGAGCGCUGGAGCCGCGUGCGCCGCACUUGGGCCAAGGCUAACUUGACCGAGACCGACCCGAAGGAGUGGAGCUCGAGCGACGGCAGCGAAUCGUCGACCAAGUUUGAGGACGUGAUUCCGACGAUCCCGCCGCGCUACGAGCCCAUCAACACGUGGCACUACGUCAAGCACAUUGGCGACAAGGACGGGUGGAUUUACGGCCCGACGUUUGACGGCCCAUGGUACGAGGUGCCCAACCUGCUGCACAUUGUCCGCCGCCGGCGCUGGAUCAACGCGUACAAGCGCGACGACUUUCAGUUUUAAAGAAGGACUCUCCGCGUAGCUAGUAUCAUUAACCUAUAUAACCAUCUACCUGCAUUUCGACCUCCAUCU